AUCCUAUCUCUUUUUUCAUGCUUUUUGGGAGUGUCCAGAUAUCACUUCAGUACGUCAGGCAUAGAACAUUACAUUAAGGUUGAAUUUUCUUGGGAACUGAUGGCACAGCAAACCAAAUUUGAAGAUCAAGAUGAUCACUAAAACACAUUUUUACGCUUUUUUUUACGCGCUAAAGCGAACGCCGUGAGUUAGGGAUUGUGAAAAUUUCAAACGUUCGGUUAAAAACAUAAAGCGCGAAAUAGAGGAGAUGCAAAUAAACUGAAAAUCCACUGGUCUUGGUAUCUGAUAUAAACGUCAGAGACGUCCAAUAAAAAUUCCAACCUAGAUCACGUCCAAGUAUAUCCUGUAUACCUUAAAACCCUAGUACAAAAUUUUGAAAAGGGCAAAGGAACACAAACGAACCCUCUAACCCUUUCCCGUAGACAAUGUUAUGGUCUUAUUUGUCGCCCUAAAUUUUAAAUCUGUGAACGAAAUCCUGUGGUGCUACCAUUUAAAUGAAACCUCUUUAGCAUUAAUUUAGCACAGUACUAUUCAUUUCGCAGGAUUUUACAAAGAGGAAUUCAGAAUUGUUGGGGAUUUUUUUCACUGGCCAUUAUUAGUAGAAAAAGGGUUAACCGCAUGUAUAAAUUUUCUAGGCCCCUAUGACAUCUAAUGCUCAGAAGGUAAAGAUACGCUCGUACCAGAAGUCAGAUAAAGAAGUCUGCCAAGACCUAUUCACUCAAGGAAUGGAACAACUCAUCAGCCUUGUUACGCGGGUAGUCUUUCCAAGAUACUGUUGGAUUCUUGCCGUCUUGUCUGUGUUUGCUAUCCUUGCAGCCAUUAAAUGGAACUUGUGGAUAUUCGUUGUCUACAUUUUUGCUUGCGUGGUCCUUCUUGCUCUAUUGUAUGUCGACAUCUACUUUGAGUGCUGGAAAUUCAUCAAUUCCUGUCUGGCUUCGGACUUGAAGGACAUUGACAAGACUUACAUGUCUACUGAUGAGUGUCACAUGUGGGUGGCAGAGUGGGGUGGAAAUGUUGUUGGAAUGGUGGGACUCGUUCAUAAUGAGAGUCACAAACCAGGAGUCGCUGAACUGCAGAGAAUGUCUGUAUCGCCUGUCUGUAGACGAAUGGGAAUUGCCAGGAAACUGCUCGAUGAACUGCUCCAACAUGCCAAGAAACAGGGCUUUGAGAAAAUUGUCCUGACUACAACCAGUGCACAAACACCUGCAAUUCGACUUUACAAAAAGUAUGGCUUUAAACUCAUGGCUGUCUUUCCAUAUCCUCAAAAACUUCUUGCAGAUUUACAAUACAGUUGCUUUGACCUUCAACUGAAGAUCUAAACCGUAUUCCGUGCUCACUAGGACUAUAUCCACGUCAAGAGCACGUUGUAGCUGCGUUUUAGAACUUACGUAGUCAGUAAAUGCUGCAGAACGAACAAUCGCAAGACCAACACCAUGCCAUGCCAUCGCUCCUCGGUCAAUUGCUUGCAGGGACAAGUAAGGGAAACGGAUUUGUCGAAAAUAGAAAUCAGUGGAAGAUUUCGUUAAAAUAGCUAAACAACAGACAUUUUGUUAAACGUAUAACACAUAGAUCAAUGAAUGUAUCUCUACAAACACUUCAGACUGACAAGAACAUGUUUUACUUUGUCACGUUACUUUGUUUUGUACGAUCGACUUCAAUGAUUGAAAAAAUACGAAAAUUUAAGCUCAAAAGUAUUUUCCCCCCCUUUUUUUUAGGAGAUCCCCACUCUAAACAUUGAAACCCGGAUGUGUCGAAAUAAAAACCUGAUAAAUCUAUUUGCCACGGAAAGGAAAACGUAUUUGUGAAGUCUGAUAGCCUUUGACCUCGGUUUACCCAAGACAAGAAAGAAAUAUCUCCACGUAAUACUAAUCUGAUCAGAAAGAUAGCUUUGUCCAAGCAAGACUAUUGACAAGGACGCACGAACAAGGGAGAGAAACCAAUCGGGUCAUUGCAGUGGGCUGAUUUCCUCUCCUUUGAUUCGUUUAAUAGAGUAAAAAUCUCUUCUCUCUAAGGGCUUGAUGUUAAAAACCAAAAGAAAAAGAAAAGGCAUCGUCAGUGCUAAAAAUACACGUGUAAUUUCACUUCCCAGCAAUAAGUCUUGUCGCGACCAGUGACCUCUUGGCUGGAACAUCGGCGAGACGGCGCGAGAACCGGAAAGCAAAUCACCUCGGGCCAAUGAUGAUUUCUGCGCGCCGUCACGUCCACAUUGCACAACACGUUCUCCCUAAUUAAAAUAGCAUCGCUGGAGAAAUUAUUUAAAUAGAGGGUCAUACGUAAGGCGCGGAGCUAGAAACAGAACACGACGAACUUAGGUCGCAAGUGGUACUGAAACAAGUUUUAUUAACCACUCACUCACAACUACACUGAAACCUCUCUUUCGAGAGUAAGGAUCAAAAACGAUAGUAUACUACACUUUACUCACUCACCCCUACUAACCCCUUUGGAGUUACAUCAUUUAGUGAAGGCUAGUAGAGGCAAGCAGGUGGGAAUGUUUAUACAUUUUUUCUCAUCACUGAUUAUGAAGAAAUUUAGCAAACGUGUAGAAAAAACAAAGGUAACAAGAAAAGACGAACAUUUUUUAAGAAAAAAAAAAAUCAAUAAUGGUGUCUACGUCAAAUACGAAUAACUAUUGUCCUGAUGGUGAAACUGAGAAAUAUGAGAUUGUGUAUUUUUAUAGUUAUGCUCCAAUUACCUGAAGAGGAUCCCCAGAACUCUCCAGAGAGCUUGGUCGCAGGCUACAAUCUUGGACAGAAUAAAAUGGAACAGGAAAUUCGCAUACCCCCGAAUCAAGGAUGAAGCCGCGCGAAGUGCAAAACAGGCUAUUUUGCCAUCUAUCUUUGAUUUUGGGUGAGCGAUAGCCUGUUUACAGACCCUCUAUUUUCUCUUCAAAGUCCGUCGAGCGCUAGUCUCCCUCACACUAGUCGAACGCAGGUGAUAAAAUAUAAACUGCAGGGCCGGAUUUAUCGACCGCCAGCACAAGGGAGCUCGCCGAUG